GCCUCCCUCCCUGCCUCCUCCGUACCUCCCUCCUUACCUCCCUCCCUGCCUCCUCCGUGCGUCCCUCCGUGCCUCCUCCGUGCCUCCUCCGUGCCGCCUCCGCCAGCACAGCCGCGGCUCUCUCCUUUGCUCUGCCGGCACUCGGCGAGGCGGAGGGAGGGGAUGGCGGGGGUCGCUGCCCGGCUGCUCGGGGCACUGUGCCUCGCCGCCUGCCUGCCCCCGACGCUCGGGAGGGACGCCGGAGCGCAGUGGACCCUGGAGAAGUAUUCUCACCAACCAAGAAUUUUAGGUUCUGAUGCUAUUCAAAAAGUUGUGGCCAACACAGAUGUUUCUGAAAUGUGGGAGAAUGAUUUGCGCCCUAUCCUGAUAGAAAGAUACCCGGGAUCACAAGGAAGUUACAUUGUGCGACAGCAUAUCAAACACCGUCUUCAAACAUUAAAGGCAGGUUGGGAAAUUGAAGAAGAUACAUUUCAGAGACACACACCAUAUGGCUAUAAAACAUUUUCAAAUAUUAUUGGCACUCUUGAGCCCUCUGCAAAACGCCAUCUCGUACUUGCUUGCCACUAUGACUCAAAAUUCUUUGGACAACAAUGGCAGGGCAGAGUGUUUGUGGGAGCAACUGAUUCAGCUGUGCCUUGUGCUAUGAUGUUGGAGCUGGCACGGGCCCUGGAUAACGAGCUUCAGUUAAUCAAGGCCAGCUCAACGUCAAGACCAGACCUUUCACUUCAGCUCAUUUUUUUUGAUGGUGAAGAAGCUUUUGUUCGGUGGUCCCCUUCCGAUUCCCUCUAUGGAUCUCAACACUUAGCUCAAAAAAUGGUAUCGACUCCACACCCGCCUGGUUCAACAACCACAAACCAGCUGCAGGGCAUAGACCUGCUUGUACUACUGGAUUUAAUUGGUGCACCAAACCCAGUCUUUCCCAAUUACUUUCCAAACACUCUUCGAUGGUUUCAGAGGCUUCAAGCAAUUGAGCAAAAGCUACACAACAUGAAUUUGCUGAAGAAUCACCCUGUUGAAAAUCAGUAUUUCCACAGUACUUUACAUCGAGGCUUGGUUGAAGAUGAUCAUGUUCCGUUUUUGUUAAGAGGGGUUCCAGUCCUGCAUCUGAUUCCAUCCCCUUUUCCUGCAGUAUGGCACACCAUGAAGGACACAGAAGAAAACCUUGACAAAGCCACUAUUGACAAUCUCAACAAAAUCCUGCAAGUGUUUGUACUGGAAUAUCUCAACCUUUGACAGACAAAACAUCAACAAAUUGUACUCCAUUCACACUACUGUUUGCCCACCUUCACAUUUGCUAUUUAAUUGCACUGGA